UGAACGUGAAGUGGUCAAAAUGCCGGAGAUUGGCCGAAAGCGCUUUGGUGUAACAGUACUAUUGCUAACGAUAGGAAUCCUUGCAGCAACCGAUGCAUUAAUCUGGCCAUGCGCUUCGAACGAUGAUUGCACAGCCUUAAACGCAACAUGCUCCUCAGCGACGGCAAGUUGUGAAUGUGAUAGUUUUGAAAGUGUUUUCUCUAGCGACUUGACAACAUGUCUGAAGACGUCACUAAUUGGUGACAAAUGCGAAGACACAGUUCAGUGCAAUCUUAUGCCAUCGGGAGCCAGUUGUAAAUCCGGGGUCUGCGACUGCGCCGAUGGAUACACUUAUGUUGGUGGACGUUGUAGACUACUGAAUGGUUUGAAUGGCACAUGUGAAACGGAUAACGAUUGCCUUUUCGGUUAUGACCGCGAAUCAGUUGCCUGUGUCGACAAUGUUUGUAAAUGUGCUGAGGGUUAUUAUCACAGGACUGGAAACUUAUGUCGUCGUAAAUCAAUGAAAAUUGGCGAUGCCUGUGUCGUGCAUACGGACUGUGAAGAUUUAGGAACAAAUGUGCGGUGCAAUAGUUUGAGCUGUGUCGAGGUAUCACAAAGCGAUUCGGAAUCGUCAAAAACCGUUUUAGAUGCCCGAACCAAUACACUGACACACACAGGCCACACAAAUACAAACGCAGGCACGACCAACACAAACACCCAUACGAAAACUGAUGGUGGCAACGAGAAGUCCCCCUCAUCAGACGGCACAUCACAACUCUCGAAGUCAUCGAGAUCAACCAGCGAUACCAGUAAAGAUACUUUAGCAUUGGUGAAUGGUCGUAGUGAUUUGACUGACGACACCGACGAUAACGAGACGGGGCAAGAGGAGGCAAGUGGUAACGAACAGCAGCGGAGAUCACGUGAAAUCGCCGUACAAACAAGUAUCGAUGCUUUUGAGUUGAAACCAUUGGCACCGUUAGUUAAGAAUGUCGGUACUGGCACCACAUCCAGCACAAGCAGUCGACGUUUCUCGCGCUAUAGACGUCGUCAAUCUGCAUUCCGCUACGAUGAUGAGGAUAAGACUUUCUCGACGAUAUCGAAUACUGAUGAUGAUGGAGAAGAAAACCUUUAUGGCAGCUCUUGCACAGAGAAUGGUAAAUUGUGCGCGGGACUUCCGCAUUCGAUUUGCUCGCACAACAUUUGCUUCUGUAGCUCUGGGUAUUAUCCAAGUAAUGGAAAAUGCUUUGCAGAGCUUGGUGAGAUAGCGGAGAGUGCCAACGAAUGUGAGCACACAUUCGAUUCAUUAUCCAAAAAAUGUAUUUGCCAAAGUAAUUACUUCUACGAACGUAGUUUACGCUCUUGCCGAAAACCAAUCCAAUAUACCUUAUCGUGUACCUCGGACAGCCAAUGCAGUCCAUUUGGCGCGGCCAAUUGCCCUACGAUAAUUCCAAGACGUUGCACCUGUGAGGAGUACGCACAGUACGAUGAAUUGCAACAGUUGUGCGUCUAUAAACAGGGUCUCGGCGAAUUUUGUGAAACGAAUGAGGCCUGCACUACGGUGGAGAAUACAGUAUGCCUAAAUAGUUACUGUGCAUGUAAGGAGAAUUUCCUCGAAAGAAAUAACACUUGUAUACCAGGUGUUGGUGCUAAUUGCGAUGCAGAUGUAGAGUGUGGAGUAGAUAACUCAGUUUGUGAUUUCACCUCGCCGACAAGUGAGGAAAGAGAAAAAUCUUGUCAAUGCAAAAAGGGCUAUGUGCAUUUUAAGGAUGAGUGUCUUAAGGAGGCGGAGGAACUUGACGAUGAGUGCAUUGAAACGGAGCAGUGUAAGCCAUUGUUGGGUACAUGCAUCGAUAAGAAAUGUUCCUGCACCUCUGAACAGCAUUUUAAAUCAGGGCGUUGUGAGGAAAAGAAAGUUCUUGGUGAUAGUUGUGCACGGUCUACUCAAUGUUUCGUUGAAAAGGAGCCGGAAAACGUGGAGUGCCGUAAUUCGGUUUGUCAAUGCAAGUUUGGUUAUCAAGCGGACGAAGAACAGAAGACUUGUAUACGUGUGGUGUCCAGUACCAAAAAUUCUUCCGGAAGGCCAAGUGCUCUUAAAAUAAUAACAUUCCUAUUAAUAGGAGCAGCUUUCUUAAUAACAAGUGCCGCAAUUAAACAGGCUUAUUAUGAUUAAAUUUCAACUAAGUUAAUAAUAUGCUAAUUUAAUUAGGAGCGUAAAUUAUUUCUGUAAAAUCAUUCGGCCACAAAAUAAAGAAACAAACAAAAACGUAAAACGUAAUUAAAAAUGCAAAUUAAUAAACGAACAUAUUUUAAUGGCAUUCUUAGGUAUUAAAAGAUGAAUAAUUAACAUUUUUGUAAUUUUCGCUUGAAGCAAAAACUCAAACACCGGCCUGAAAAUACUAUUUAGCAUUCUUAAAUUUGUUUUAUCAAAACGCAUACAUACACUUGCAAAAAUACAAAAAGAAAUUGCAAAAAAUUAUGCAAAAAGUAUUACGAGCUUACACACGAGGCAUGAAUUAAAUAUACAAAAACCAAAGAUACAAAUAAUUAAUGAAAGCAAAAUUCCAAAAGCAAUACUUAAAUAUUACCUAACUCUUGCAAUUACUCGUAUUUAAAACUAA